UUAUGCUGCUUGGAAUAUCGGUCUGCCUUUUGGGAUUAUUGAACCUGAACAACGAGACUUCUUGAAGAGGGAAAUAUUGCGUUAUUGUUCCUACCAAUGUCUGAGGCAACUUCUCAUGCUCUCCAUUGGUAACGUAGUUCCUAUGUAUCCUUAUCCUGGCGUUGAAAUUAAGAAAUUGAGAACUCAGUUGAUGUCUUCCUGAGUCGAUGAAAAAAGGUGGACAUUUCAUGGGAAGGACACAUAGGCCUUAUUCACUAAUCAUCCUAACUGCAGUGCCAGUGCGUCAUCGAAGACACUUUUCUGAUGGUCAUGUCAGCGAGCACACGCAGGAAUUAGGUGUGAAACAUAACAGUCCAGACGCAGGUAACUUCAAAUUGAUAUUUUGUAAAAACGUCCCUACAUCAUGGACGUCCUGAAAUGUGUCUGGGGCAUGUGUGCAUCGAGGUUUUAAUUACUUGGCAAAUGGAAUAGUUGGAUAGGCCUACAUUUCCAUAACGCACGAAGAAUUUCGCGUCCAAUUAUUUUCAAACGUUAACAGUAUACCUACAUGGGCUUAAUCCACAUGCUUUCGUUAGUCAACGAUUUAAAUCAACUUUCGAUUCACGCAUAUUCAUAAUAUGUCUAGGGGCCUACACAUUCACAACAAUAAGGUACAGCGAAUCUAACCGAAUCUUCUGUUGAUGGUGUGACUAACAUCUGACAUUUUCUGAUACUUCAAGGGAGUCAUUCCUGUCGAAACGGGGCGUUCAUCCGUGGGAUGUUUGUCAGAGUCGACGUAUUCCGUUGUUUAAUCGCUCAAUAGAGCAUCAUGUUUCUCAUGCCACCACUUGGAGACUAAAGGGAGCCUACCCAAGAUGUGUACUCACUGACUCUUUUGAAUGAAAAGUAAUCUAAGAAAAAGCCGUUCAGAUGAUUACAGGGCACUGGUAACUUUAGCGUUGUUUACCACAUUAAUUGUGUUACGCACACGCGUCGCAAAACAACGUUUGAGACCAAGUCCAUUUUUUUUACAACUUUGGUAUCCUCAUGUAGGCCUAAUGGUUUUUUAGAUUGAAUUUAACGAAUUACAUGUACCAAUUUUCAGUGAACAUGCACGUAUCUGGAAUCUACAAGGAGAGGAACUAUUUUUCACAUGUAGAUCGUUCAAGAAAUGAGAAUGAAUAUGCUGCAAUAUCGUUAUGCUUCUAUCUAAUUGUUAAGUGCAUUUUCUGAUUCAAAGAUAAAAAGGCUAAAUCUACGUGUUGAGGGCGAAGAGGAAGGUGUUCUGUUAUGCAACAGGCAUUACUUUACAUCAGUCAGAGAUGAAGGAAAAGUCCAAGAAUGCAGCGAAGACGAGACGAGAGAAAGAAAAUGGAGAAUUUUAUGAACUGGCGAAAUUACUGCCUUUACCUUCGGCCAUCACAUCACAACUGGAUAAGGCUUCAAUCAUUCGGCUGACAACCAGUUACCUGAAGAUGAGAGCCGUGUUUCCAGAUGGGCUGGGGGAGGCCUGGGGCCAGCCGACCAGAAUCAGCCCUCUGGACAACAUGGCUAAGGAACUGGGCUCCCAUCUACUGCAGACUCUGGACGGCUUUGUAUUCGUUGUCGCUUCAGAUGGCAAAAUCAUGUACAUCUCUGAGACAGCGUCAGUCCACCUUGGCCUAUCCCAGGUGGAGCUGACGGGAAACAGUAUUUUUGAGUAUAUCCACCCGUCAGAUCAUGAUGAAAUGACGGCUGUGCUCAGCGCCCAUCAGCCCCUCCACCAUCACUUCCUGCAAGAGUACGAAAUGGAGCUCUUUUUCCUGAGGAUGAAGUGUGUGUUGGCCAAGCGUAAUGCAGGACUGACCUGUGGAGGAUAUAAGGUAAUCCAUUGCAGUGGCUAUUUGAAGAUCCGUCAGUACGUGAUGGACAUGGCGCUGUAUGACACGUGUUAUCAGAUCGUGGGCCUGGUAGCGGUGGGCCACUCCCUGCCUCCCAGUGGAAUCACAGAGAUUAAGCUCCAUAGCAAUAUGUUCAUGUUCAGGGCUAGCCUGGACCUCAAGCUCAUCUUCCUGGACUCCAGGGUGGCUGAGUUGACAGGAUACGAACCCCAGGACCUGAUUGAGAAGACGCUGUACCACCACGUGCACGGCUGUGACGUAUUCCAUCUACGCUUCGCUCACCACCUCUUGUUGGUGAAAGGGCAGGUCACCACUAAGUACUACCGUAUGUUGUCCAAGCACGGGGGCUGGGUGUGGGUGCAGAGCUACGCCACCAUCGGCGUGUGUGGUUUGGGGAACCUCAGUGUGGCUGUGGAAGCGGAGGACGGCACCAUGCCGUACGUGGGUGGGCCCUCGAACGACAGAGGCUUGUCCUGUGGUGCGCUGAGGAGCCAGGUUUUUGGUCUCCGAUACAUGCCUAAUUGCAACUCUUCGACGAGCUGUAGGAACCUGUAA